AUGUCUCAGACUCCAGAUGGUCGUUCUGUCCUCAGCCCCCUCAGCUCCAACUCUGAUUCCGAUCCGGAAUGUAACUCCAACUCCGCCUACGCUCCCUGCAACGCCGCGAUUGACCAGCCCGCCCAAACAGCCCAAAAUCCGGCAGCCGACCGUUCAGGGCCCGAAUGGCUCACCGACGACCGGCGAUCCGGCACGACGAUGCUGCAUGCACCAUCACGCAUGCAAACACUGCACCACGUCCUUUUCGCGCGGCUAUUCGCGUGCUGCGGCUGGCACGGCUUCUGCAACAUAGUGCGUCCGGGCUCGGUGCGGCAAUUCGCGCACUACCGGUACCUGCGGCAGGAGUUCGGGCUCGUGCCCUCUCCGCUGGGCUUCGGCUUCCUGCUCGACGAGAGCCACCGCUAUUGCCUGUUCGUCGCCCGCGACGGCGUGUACGUCUUCAGCUACCGCCACCGCGUGGCACAGCUCCUUGCAAGGUCCCUGUCUGACGCGUUACUGGUGCUCCGCGGAUACCGCAGGCCGGACGGGAAUCGCCGCCUCCAUGGCGCCGUCUACGAUCCUGCCGCUGAGGACCAGUCUCCGCCCCCCGCUGCAGGGACUGCGGAUGCCGAGGCCGCUACGGCCGCUGUGGAGCUGCUCUCGACAGCGGCUACCGAUCCGCCGACCACGGAGCAGACCCCGCCCUCCGAGCAUGGACCCGCCGGUUAA